GAUUGCUUUUCUGCAGUUCGACUGUUCUACUCCUCAUCGACUGGGUGGUGGUGCGCGAUGCGCUUUAAAAGGCGUCGCCUUUGCCUCCCUCCGCCUUCCCCUCGCUGCAAUCUCAUCGUCCACUCCCCCGUUUCCAUCCCCCCGAAUCUUCUUCUUCUCUUCUUGCGGUGACUGAGAAGAAGAAAAAAAAAAGAAAGAGGAGAAAAAUUGCUACGAGAUUCCUUCUUCGUCGCCGCCGCUGCUGCUGCGUUAUCCCCAAGAUUUUUGGGAUAGUGUUUUCUGUUCUCUCUCAUAACUCAUAAGGGUAAAUGGGUUCAGAAGGACCUUCAGUUGUUACUGUCCAUGUUACCGGAUUUAAGAAGUUCCAUGGGGUUGCUGAGAACCCAACUGAGAAAAUUGUGGGCAAUCUUAAAUCAUUCGUAGAAAAGAAAGGAUUGCCGAAAAACCUUGUACUUGGAAGCUGCACAGUGCUUGAAACUGCAGGGCAGGGGGCACUUGGCACAUUAUAUAAGGUUUUGGAAUCUGCCAUUGCAGAAAGAGAGAAUGGGUCAUCGGCUCAGGGGCAAGUAAUUUGGAUCCAUUUUGGAGUUAAUAGUGGUGCAACAAGGUUUGCUCUUGAGAAUCAGGCUGUUAACGAAGCCACCUUCCGUUGUCCAGAUGAGCUAGGGUGGAAACCUCAGAGGGUUCCUAUUGUACCAUCGGAUGGAGCCAUCUCACGGACAAGAGAGACUACGCUUCCGGUAAAUGAGUUGACCAAGUCACUCCGGAAGACAGGCUACGAUGUAAUGCCAUCAGACGAUGCUGGUCGGUUUGUAUGCAACUAUGUGUAUUAUCAUUCUCUUCGGUUCGCAGAGCAACACGGCAUCAAAUCUCUGUUUGUACAUGUGCCCCUGUUCUUGACGAUCGAUGAGGAGGUCCAGAUGCAUUUUGUUGCUUCCCUUCUUGAAGCUCUUGCUGUCUUGAACUAGGGAAAAAGAAAUAACAAUUCAAUAUUGGAAGCAGGCUGAAUAAAACUGUAUUGUCAUCGAUGAUAUUGGUCUUGCUCCAAAGGGUGUAUUUAUGAGGAAAUUGGCUGCUUAGAGUGUGUUCUUGGUCAGAUGCCACUUGUAUUCCACUACAUCACUUGUUCUAAACAUGCCUGAAAACAAACUUGGUUUUCAAUAAAAAUCGACAGAUCGUCGAAAUGGAUGCAUUGCAUCCAGUACGGUUGUUGAUGUUGCUUUUGCA